AUGUCUUCGACGACACAGAGCGUGCAAUGCUUCGGCAAGAAGAAGACGGCCACCGCCGUCGCCCACUGCAAGGCUGGCCGUGGUCUGGUUAAGGUCAACGGGCGCCCCCUGGGCCUGGUGCAGCCCGAGAUCCUGCGCUUCAAGCGUCUACAUACACUACCCCUCAUUUCAUCUCUUGGGAGGAGCAUCUUGGAUCUCGGCAUCUUUGCUAAUGACGGCGGCCCCCGUGGCGGCAAACAGGUCUACGAGCCCCUCCUCGUCGUCGGCCUCGACAAGUUCGCCAACGUCGACAUCCGCGUCCGCGUGACCGGCGGCGGCCACACGUCGCAGGUCUACGCCAUCCGCCAGGCGAUUGCCAAGUCCCUCAUCGCCUACUACCAGAAGUACGUCGACGAGCACUCCAAGAACAUGCUCAAGCAGGCCCUCGUCCAGUUCGAUCGCACCCUACUCGUCGCCGACAACCGCCGCUGCGAGCCCAAGAAGUUUGGUGGUCCCGGUGCCAGAGCCCGCUUCCAGAAGUCCUACCGAUAA